UAUUUACACCUAUUGGCUGAGAUCUGACUGAACACUGGACUGAAGCAACUUCUAAUCAAGGGACAUUAUGUGCACCGUACAAAGUGUUCUUGGUCGAGCCAGAACCUAGUGAAGACUUGCGAGAGCUCAAGCUGUGAAUAAUUUACUGAGUAAAUGAAUGUGUCCGUCAACAACGCUAUCAUCACUCAGCAGCAUCUGUGCCCUUCGGUGGGAUAAUUAUCUGGGGGGAGAGAGAGAGAGAGAGCGAGAGCCCUUCUUUUGUUGCACGACUCUCAUUGAGCGAGCUCUUGGAACAUGGGGAAGAAUAAAAAGAAUAGAAACAAGAGGAAGGGCAAUGCCAACAAAACGGAGACCAUUAGUCAACUUCAAACGUUGGUUCAAGAUCCAGAGAACAAAGAGAAUGAUGCGGGUGAUCUUAUCCAAGGGAGCAGCGGCCAUUCAUUCAAGGGAGACUCUUAUGAAAACCAUCCACUGCCAGCAGAUCCACUGUCCACGGUUGUGGAACCACCCCAGACCUCGUUGGUGAGCGAUGCGGCCAAAUAUGAAGCCAUUGCAUCUCUUGAUGCUGAUCCGGAGAAUGAGGAGGAAAAAUGGUCUGAUCGCACGGCGGUCAUCACCAAAAUUGAGCAUGAGGACUACACUGCUUACGCUCAGGACAUUUUGAUCGACAUCCUCAAAGAUGUGAAAACACCAACCAAGGGAUCACCAGAUGCCAAGAAUGAGGCCAUCCAAGCCAAUUCCAAGGAGAAUCUUGCCCCACAAGCGUUCAGGAAUGUUCCCUCAAUCGCCAGCUACGAAUCUGAUGACAGUUUUGGUGAUUAUGCCAGCGCUGAGCAAUCAUUCACUAGUGUGGUCAGCACAACUAGCACGAUCCCAUUGUUCACGGCCUCGGCCUCUUUGGAAGACCUUCAUCAGCUCAGUGAUGAUCAAUUGGACGAUAUCAAGAUCCAGGACGAGACCAUGGGCUCCAUCUUGGACGCCAUGACUAAUCUGAAGAUCCAGCAGAGGGUCGAAGUCCCUCAACCUGAUGAGGAUGAACGGGAAGCCACUCCCAUCAAUGAUGAGACCCUCAUGGACACAACAAAGACCUUAGAAGAGACAUUGAAUGGGACUUUCGCCAAGGAGGAAACCCCCACGAAUGUUGUUGAUGAGACUUCAUUGGAUAAGACCUUCGAGAAGCAAGGCGAAGAAGAUGCUCAUCCUCUGGAGAUUGACUCAUUUGCCACUCCAUUGAAGAUGAGCGAUUCGGAGAAAGGAAAGCCGCUUGAGCAAGAUGAACAAACGAUCGCACCCGAUUCCGCUCAAGAGGCGAGCUCAGUUCUGGAUGAAGCUCACGAUAACGAAGUCAUUGAAGCAUUUGAUAAGCCUAAUGAAGAGACAAGUGUCACAAGUCUGCCUGAGACUACGCAAGUUUUAGAGGAACUUGAAAAUCAGCUGGCUCCAAGUGAAGUGCAAGAGAGCUCCGUCAAAAUGACUGAAUUCAAUCUGCCACACCUCGAUGCAAAUGACCUUGGAGGAGCUUUUAGUAUCUCGUUUGGUGAUGAGGAUAAGCCAAAGAAGAAACUGGCCAAGAAACCCGUGCUGAAGUCCACGGGGAAAACAUUCAAGAAGAUUCGUGAUCCAAUUACGCCCAACCAAAAGGACAUUACUGGAUCUCCAAAGAGCACUUCCAAACUUUUGUCGGUUGCUAUUCCAGAACCCUUUGUUAUCAAAUUCGAUGAAGUCACAGCGGAUGAUCCAUUCAAGGCCUCGAAUAAGAUGAUGAAUUCUCCGCCAAAACAAGACCUGUCUUUGGAGACCAUCAAAGAUCCCUUUCAAACCAAUUCGAAGGUGGCAAACUCUCCCACCAAAGAAACCAUUGAACCUUUCAAAAUCGAGGAAAAGGUGGCCAAUCUUCCACCUCCAGACACUGACGCAUUUGAAUUUUCGACGACUCAAUCGCAAAAUGAUGGUACAACGGUUUUAGAUGGUUUCGUUGCACCCACGGAUUCACAUCAAGAAGCUACCGUACAAUAUUCCAAUGAACCAACAAAUUCCUCGCUACCUUUGAAAACUGACGACGACGAGCGUAGUAAGAUAUCAGAGGCGAGAAUGACUUCAUCGUCUUGUGGUGAAAACGCUGAUAUGUUCAAGUCUUCGGUUGACGUGAAAGACUCGCCAAGUUCGAAGGAAGUGAACGAUGCAUUCGAAGCGUCCAACCAAACGGUCAAUUUACCUGUAGCUGAAGAUGUCGAGGAUCCGUUCAAGUCUUCAAACAAAAUUCCUAAUUCGCCAGGGCCAUUGGAUAUGGACGAUCCCUUUAAAUCUUCAAACAAAAUGAUGAAUUCCCCAAUACGAAUGGAAAUGGAAGACCCAUUUAAGUCCUCGAGUAAAAUCGUGAAUUCACCAGGACCAAUCGAAAUUGAAGACCCUUUCAAAUCUUCAAGCAAAGUGUCAAAUUCCCCGGAAAAAGUGGAACUGGAAGAUCCCUUCAAACCGUCGAGCAAAAUCAUGAACUCACCGGGAUUGAUGGACAUGGAAGACCCUUUCAAGCCUUCCAGCAAAAUUGCAAAUUCACCGGGCCCGACAGAAAUUAAAGAUCCUUUCAAAUCUUCGAAAGAAAUCCCGAAUUCACCUGAACCAAUUGAAACAGAAGACCCUUUCAAGUCUUCCAAUAAAAUGGCAAAUACCCCCGAACCAAGGGAAACGGAGAGUACCUUCGCAUCAGCUGAAGAUGUUGAAGAUCCCUUGAAGUCUUCAAAUACAUUGAUGAACACUCUCAAUGCAACAAGUGGUACGAAUGAUCCUUUGAAGCCCUCGACAACCUUGGCCGAUUCGCCUCCGUCCACAUCUGAAGAGAUCUCUCCCGUUCCAAAACAGGGGCCAACUGAAUCAUUGGAGGAGAAAGAAAUGAACCCUUUCCAAUCCAAAUCCAAGAUUAUAAAUUCUCCCGACAAAUCAGAUGUCUUGAAGGCCAGCCAAAAGCUGCCUGAAUCCCAUGAGUCAGAAGGGAAGACCUUAACCACAUUGUCCGAAUUCCAAACCUCUUUGACCGAUUUACCUCAAAGUGAUAUUUUGGAUUUGGAGGAUCCUCUAAAUGAGGAUGAUCUUCCCGACUUGGUGAAGAUCAAUCCUCCCUCAGUGGAGAACCUAAUGAAUAAUAAGCAAGACAAAUCUGGGAGUGGGCGUUUCUCCACCCCUGAGUUCGAAGCUGAUGAAAAACGCCUCAAAGACGAGGAAGACUCGGAAACAACAAACAAAGUUGAGGUUGCUCCCAGCGCCGUGGCUACCAUUUCUCCAUUUAACAUUCAAACCCCAUCCAAAGAAUCGUCGUCUACCUCCUCUCACUGCUCACUGUCGACACCUCUGGUGAAAUCUUCCAAUAAUGUCAGUCUUUUGGGCACACCUCGCCAUCCGCCCACGGAAUCGAGCAGGAAUAUUGAGCUGAAUACAUCACUGAACGAUUCUACCUUGGCCAGUCCGUCGUCCAUCCUGAAAUCGCGGGGCGAGGACAUCACGGAUAUGCAAGUGAAAGAGAUCCUCGUCCGGAAUGAGUUGCUCUGGCAGCAACAUCUACUGGACAAGGAUCGCGAAAUGCACGAUAAGGAAACCAAGAUCAAAUCCAUGGAGCAAGAGAUCAUUCUCCUGAGUAAAGAGAACGAGGAUUGCGUCGAGUCUAAUCGCCAGAUGAUGAUUGUGGUGGAGGAAUAUGAGAAGACCAUCUCCGAGAUUCUCUCUGAGCGAGAACGAGAUCGAGUGUGUCACGAAAUCGAGAAGGACAAACUCACCAGUGAGCGGAAUCAGAUCUUUGACGACCUCCGAUCAGCGGAAAGAUCUUUCAACGAUGUCCAUCGGAAAUACGAGCGAACCAAAGAGGUCAUAUCUGGUUUUAAGCAGAACGAAGAUUCCCUGAAAUCGAAAGUCAGCGAUUUGGGCGCCAAGUUGAAACGAUCCGAGGACCGCUAUGAUCUCCUCCGAAACCACGCCGAAUCCAAACUGGCCGAAGCUAAUGAACGGAUUGAGAGCCUUCAACAAAGCAGUCAAGCGAACAUUGCUCGACUUCAAGCCCAAUUGCGGAAGGCUGAAAUGCACGUGACCUCCUUGGAACGAACCGUGGAGCAAAAGACCCGCGAUAACGAGGAGCUCACCAAGAUCUGUGACGAACUCAUUGCCAAUGUGGGAUCAUAAAACCGUCGGUCCCAUCACCACUUCUCUAUGACACUAUUUUUGUAUGAUAAAUCAUGGUAGUAGUA